AUGUCAACUCAUAGACCUUUCCAAUUAAAUCAUGGAUCAAUAGAACAUAAUUUUUCAGUACCUCAUAAUUUAUUUUCAAAUUAUUCACAAUUAAAAGAUCAAUUUAUAAAAACUUUACCUGAACCAACUGAAGGUUUUGCAGAUGAUAAUGAACCAUCAAGUCCAGUAGAAUUAUAUGGUAAAUUUUUAGGUUUUAUAAGUCAACAACAAAAUCAAGAAGAUGAAACUUUAAGUAAUGCAAUAAAAGAUUUUGAAUUAACUUUUUUACAAAAUAUUGAUAUUCAUUCAUUAGCUGUAAAAUUAUUACAAGAUGAAAAUUUUCCAACUACACAAACAAAAAUUAAAAAUUUAAUUAAGAAUUAUUAUCAAUGUAAUCAAAUUAUUUUAAAAAAUGAAUCAAAUUUAAUUUAUCAUUCAAAAUUAGGUAAUGCAAAAAUUGCAGCAAUAUUUGGAGGACAAGGUAAUACAGAUGAUUAUUUUGAAGAAUUAAGAGAAAUUUAUAAAUUAUAUGAAAAUUUAAUUGUUAAAGAUUUAUUAAUUCCAAUAACAAAUGAAUUAAAUAAUUUAUUAAAACAAGAUUCAGAAUUUGAUAAAAUUUAUACUCAAGGUUUAAAUAUUUUAAAAUGGUUAAAACAUCCAGAAACAACUCCUGAUCAAGAUUAUUUAUUAAGUGUUCCUGUAUCUUGUCCAAUAAUUUGUAUUAUACAAUUAUGUCAUUAUAGUAUUACUUGUAAGAUUUUAGGUAUAAAUCCUGGAGAAUUUAGAGAUUUAAUUUCUUGGUCAACUGGUCAUUCACAAGGUUUAAUAACAGCUGUUGCAAUUGCAAGUUCAUCUGAUUGGUCUUCAUUUAUAUCAAAUUCAAUAAAAGCUUGUUCAUUAUUAUUUUUUAUUGGUUCAAGAUGUUUAAGUAUUUAUCCAAGAACUACUUUACCACCAACAAUGUUACAAGAUUCAUUAAGUAAUGGAGAAGGUAGACCAUCAACAAUGUUAUCAAUAAGAGAUUUAUCUAUAGAAAAAGUUGAAAAAUUUAUACAACAAACAAAUAAUCAUUUACCAAAAGAAAAACAUAUAUCAAUAAGUUUAAUUAAUGGUGCAAGAAAUUUAGUAUUAUCAGGACCACCAGAAUCAUUAUAUGGGUUUAAUUUAAAUUUAAGAAAUAAUAAAGCACCAAAUGGAUUAGAUCAAUCAAGAAUUCCAUUUAGUGAAAGAAAAUUAAAAUGUACAAAUAGAUUUUUACCAAUUUUUUCUCCUUUCCAUUCUCAUUUAUUAACUGAUGCAACUGAAUUAAUCUUGGAAGAUGUUUCACAAAUUGAAUUUGAUAAGCUAGCAAUACCAGUCUAUGAUACAUUUGAUGGAAAAAAUUUACAAGAUACAAAUUCAAAAGAUUUAAUUUCAAGAUUAAUUAAAUUAAUUACUGAAUUACCAGUUCAUUGGGAAUUAGCAACAAAUCAUAAAGCAAGUCAUAUCCUUGAAUUUGGUCCAGGUGGUGUUUCAGGAUUAGGUGUUUUAACUCAUAGAAAUAAAGAAGGAACUGGUUCAAGAAUUAUUAUUGCUGGUGCUAUUGAUUCAAAUCCAAUUGAUGAUGAAUAUGGUUUUAAACAUGAAAUUUUUAAUAAAUCUGAAAAUAAACAAAUUAAAUGGGCUUCAAAUUGGUUAAAAGAAUUUAAACCAACUUUAGUUAAAACAACUAAUAAUAAAGUCUAUGUAAAUACAAAAUUUUCACAAUUAUUAGGUAGAGCUCCAUUAAUGAUUCCAGGUAUGACUCCAACUACAGUUAAUCCAGAUAUUGUUGCUGCUUCAAUUAAUGCUGGUUAUCAUAUUGAAAUUGCCGGUGGUGGUUAUUUUAUUGCAUCAAAAAUGACAGAAGCAAUAGAUGAAGUCAUAGCUAAAAUCAAACCUGGUUAUGGAUUCGGUAUAAAUUUAAUUUAUGUUAAUCCAAGAAUGUUACAAUGGGGUAUUCCAUUAAUUAAAGAAUUAAGAGAAAAAGGUUAUCCAAUUCAAUCAUUAACUAUUGGUGCAGGUGUCCCAUCAUUAGAAGUUGCAACUGAAUAUAUUGAAGAAUUAGGUUUAACUCAUUUAGGUUUAAAACCUGGAUCAAUUGAUUCAAUAAGUCAAGUUAUUUCAAUUGCAAAAGCUCAUCCAAAUUUCCCAAUUGUUUUACAAUGGACUGGUGGUAGAGGUGGUGGUCAUCAUUCUUUUGAAGAUUUUCAUCAACCUAUUAUACAAAUGUAUUCAAAAAUUAGAAGAUGUUCAAAUAUUAUAUUAGUUGCUGGUUCAGGAUUUGGUUCAGAUGAAGAUACUUAUCCAUAUUUAACUGGUUCAUGGUCAACAAAGUUUAAUUAUCCACCAAUGCCAUUUGAUGGUAUAUUAUUUGGAUCAAGAGUUAUGACAUCAAAAGAAGCUAAAACUUCAUUAGAAGCUAAAAAAUUAAUUGCCAGCUGUACAGGAGUUGAAGAUUCAAAAUGGGAACAAACUUAUAAAAAACCAACUGGUGGUAUAGUUACAGUAAAAUCAGAAAUGGGUGAACCAAUUCAUAAAAUUGCAACAAGAGGUGUAUUAUUUUGGAAAGAUUUAGAUGAAACAAUUUUCAAUCAACCAAAAAAUAAAUUAAUUGAAACAAUAAAUAAGAAAAAAGAUUAUAUUAUUGAUAAAUUAAACAAGGAUUCUCAAAAACCAUGGUUUGGUAAAAAUAAAUUUGGAGUAUGUGAUUUACAAGAUAUGACUUAUGAAGAAGUUUCAAAUAGAAUGAUUGAAUUAAUGUUUGUUGAAAGAUCAAAUAGAUGGAUUGAUAUAUCAUUAAGAAAUUUUUUUGGAGAUGUUAUAAGAAGAAUUGAAGAAAGGUUUUCCAAAAUUUCUCAAAUUUCAUUAUUACAAAAUUAUAAUCAAUUACAAAAUCCACAUGAAUUUGUUAUUAAAUUUUUUACUGAAUUCCCUUUAGCUAAAACUCAAUUAAUUUCAGAAGAAGAUUGUGAUUUCUUUUUAAUGUGUGCUUCAAGACCAACUCAAAAACCAGUACCAUUUGUACCAGUAUUAGAUGAAAGAUUUGAAUUUUUUUUUAAAAAGGAUUCUUUAUGGCAAUCUGAAGAUUUAGAAAGUGUUGUUGAUGAAGAUGUUCAAAGAACUUGUAUAUUACAUGGUCCUGUUGCUUGUCAAUUUACAAAUAAAGUUAAUGAACCAAUUGGUGAAAUUUUAGAUAAUAUUCAUGAAGGUCAUAUUAAAAAAUUAAUUGAAGAUGAAUAUAAUGGUGAUGAAUCUAAAAUUCCAAUUGUUGAAUAUUUUGGUGGUUCAAAACCUGUUGAUAUAAAAUCUUUAACUAAUGUUAUAAUUGAAGAAAAUAAAGAUGAAACUAUAUAUGAAAUCAAAUCAAAAUUACCAAAUACUUCAAAAUGGUUACAAUUAUUAGCUGGUUCAAAAUUAAAUUGGUUACAAGCAUUUAUUUCAACUAAAAGAAUAGUUCAAGGUUCAAAACAUGUUUCAAAUUCUAUUCAUGAUAUAUUAUCUCCUUCUCAACAUUCAAAAGUAAUAAUUAAUAAGAAAAAUCAUGAUUUAACAGUUUAUGAAAAAAUUAAAGGUGAUUUGGUACCAGUUGUUAAAAUUUAUUUAUCUAAUGAUUCCAAAAAUACAAUUAUAUGUGAAUUAAUUGAACAUAGAACAGCUGAUGGAAAUCCUGUAAGUUUACCAUUUAUAUAUAAAUAUCAACCAGAAGAUGGAUUUGCUCCAAUUGUUGAAGAUAUGAUUACAAGAAAUUAUAGAAUUAAAGAAUUUUAUUGGAAAUUAUGGUUUGGUUCAGAAAUUCCAUUUAAUUUAAAUAUAAAUGUUGAUGAACAGAUCUUGGGAGAUGAAAUUACAAUUACUGGUAAAGAUAUUGCUGAAUUUACUUAUGCUAUUGGAAAUAAAUGUGAAGCUUUUGUAAAUAGACCUGGAAAAUUAACAUUAGCUCCAAUGGAUUUUGCUAUAGUUAUUGGUUGGAAAGCUAUUAUAAAAGCAAUUUUCCCAAAAACUGUUGAUGGUGAUUUAUUAAAAUUAGUCCAUUUAUCAAAUGGUUAUAAAAUGAUACCUGGUGCUGCACCUUUGAAAAAAGAUGAUAUUGUUUCAACAAAAGCUGAAAUUAAAUCAGUUAUAAAUCAACAAAGUGGUAAAUUAGUUGAGGUUAUUGGUACAAUAUAUAGAGAACAAAAACCAGUUAUGGAAGUUUCAUCACAAUUUCUUUAUAGAGGUGAAUAUAUUGAUUAUGAAAAUACUUUUCAAAAAAUUACUGAAAUUCCAAUUCAAGUUGAUUUUAAAAAUUCCAAAGAUUUAGCUAUAUUAAGAUCAAAAGAAUGGUUUCAUUUAACUAAAGAUAUUGAAUUUGAUCAAUUAACUUUUAGAUGUGAAUCAACUUAUAAAUUUAAAUCUGCAAAUGUUUAUUCAUCAAUUAUUACAACUGGUCAAGUAUUUAUGGAAUUACCAACAAAAGAAAUUAUACAAGUUGGUGAAAUUAAUUAUGAAGCAGGUAUUUCAUAUGGUAAUCCAGUUAUUGAUUAUUUAAAAAGAAAUGGUAAAACAAUUGAAGAAGCUGUUACAUUUGAAAAUCCCAUACCAAUAAGUUCAAAAGAUGAAUUAAUUUCAAAAGCUCCUGGUACAAAUGAAACUUAUGCUAUAGUUUCUGGUGAUUAUAAUCCAAUUCAUGUUUCAAGAGUAUUUGCUUCUUAUGCUAAAUUACCAGGUACUAUAACUCAUGGAAUGUAUUCAUCUGCAUCAAUAAGAGGAUUAGUUGAAGAAUGGGCUGCAAAUAAUGUUGCAAGUAGAGUUAGAGCAUUUAAAUGUGAAUUUGUUGGAAUGGUUUUACCAAAUGAUAAAUUACAAACAACAAUGGAACAUAUUGGUAUGAUUAAUGGAAGAAAAAUUAUUAAAGUUGAAACCAAAAAUAUUGAAAAUGAUUCUAUAGUAUUAAUUGGUGAAGCAGAAAUUGAACAACCUAUUACAACUUAUGUAUUUACUGGUCAAGGAUCUCAAGAACAAGGUAUGGGAAUGGAUUUAUAUAAUUCUUCAGAAGUUGCAAAAAAAGUUUGGGAUAAAGCUGAUAAUCAUUUUAUAAAUAAUUAUGGAUUUUCAAUUUUGGAUAUUGUUCAAAAUAAUCCAAAUGAAUUAACUAUACAUUUUGGUGGUUCAAAAGGUAGAUUGAUUAGAGAUAAUUAUAUUGGAAUGAUGUUUGAAACUAUUGGAGAGGAUGGUGAAUUAAAAUCAGAAAAAAUCUUCAAAGAUAUUGAUGAUACUACAACUUCUUAUACUUUUGUAUCACCAACUGGUUUAUUAUCUGCAACUCAAUUUACUCAACCUGCUUUAACUUUAAUGGAAAAAGCUGCUUAUGAAGAUAUAAAAUCAAAAGGUUUAAUUCCAUCAGAUAUAAUGUAUGCUGGUCAUUCAUUAGGUGAAUAUUCUGCUUUAAGUUCAUUAGCAAAUGUUAUGCCAAUCGAAUCAUUAGUUGAUGUUGUAUUUUAUAGAGGUAUGACUAUGCAAGUUGCAGUACCAAGAGAUGAAUUAGGUAGAUCAAAUUAUGGUAUGUGUGCUAUUAAUCCAAGUAGAAUUAGUUCAACAUUUAAUGAUUCUGCUUUAAGAUUUGUUGUUGAAGAAGUUAGUAAAAGAACUAAUUGGUUAUUAGAAAUUGUUAAUUAUAAUGUUGAAAAUCAACAAUAUGUUGCAGCUGGUGAUUUAAGAGCUUUAGAUACAUUAACUAAUGUUUUAAAUGUUUUAAAAAUUAAUAAAAUUGAUAUUGUUAAAUUACAAGAAAAAUUAUCAAUUGAAGAAGUCAUUAAACAUUUAUAUGAAAUUAUUGAUGAAAUUAAAAUUAAAUCAGAAUUAAAACCACAACCAAUUGAAUUAGAAAGAGGAUUUGCUGUAAUUCCAUUAAAGGGUAUAUCUGUACCAUUCCAUUCAUCAUAUUUAAUGUCAGGAGUUAAACCUUUCCAAAGAUUUUUAUGUAAAAAGAUUCCAAAAUCUUCAAUAAAACCUCAUGACUUAAUUGGUAAAUAUAUUCCAAAUUUAACUGCAAAACCUUUUCAAUUAACAAAAGAUUAUUUUCAAAAUGUUUAUGAAUUAACAAAAUCUGAGAAAAUUAAAAAAAUUAUUGAUAAUUGGGAAAAUUAUGAAAAUGCGUAA